GAACAACUGUCAUUCGCUCGAUUCCCAAAGGAUCCCAAUCAGCCUAAAUACAACCCGAACGGACUUGUCUGGUCUCGCUCCAGUAACUAUAAACUUGGUAUACAAUUCUGCCAACUGCUAUGUCUUCACCUAGUGCCGGCAAGCGCCGUAUGGACACAGAUGUCAUAAAAUUGAUAGAAAGCAAACAUGAGGUUACUCUUUUAAACGGCUUGAAUGAGUUUUGUGUUAAACUCUAUGGACCACGUGGUACUCCUUACGAAGGUGGCUUAUGGAAAGUUCGAGUGCAUCUUCCCGAACAUUAUCCAUUUAAAUCUCCUUCAAUUGGCUUUAUUAAUAAAAUUUACCAUCCAAACAUUGAUGAAGUAUCUGGUACUGUUUGUCUUGAUGUAAUCAACCAAGCUUGGACUGCUUUGUAUGACCUGCUUAAUAUUUUUGAGUCAUUUCUGCCCCAGUUGCUUGCCUACCCAAAUCCAAUUGAUCCAUUAAAUGGUGAUGCUGCAGCUUUGUAUUUGCAUAAACCUGAACAAUAUAAAAAGCGUGUUGAAGAAUAUGUAAAAAAAUAUGCUACGGAAGAAGCACUCAAAGAUGAUGGAAAUGCUGGUUCGGACAGCGAUGAAUCCUCUAUGUCGGAGUUUAGUGAAAGUGAAGCACAAGACAUGGAGCUAUAGCCAUCAUUUUUCUAAAAUUAAUUAAUAAUUAUAAAUAUUAUUAUGUAUCCAAUUUUUUCGUUUGUUUUCACUAAUUUACUUAAAUGUUAGUUAAAGUUAAGUAGAUAUUGGUAGGUUUUUUUAUGUUGAUCACAUCUUUUUAAUACUUGAAGAAUUAAUUUUGUAGAUAUUUUUUUUUAAGGUCAAAAAAAUUAAUUUGUGAUAUUCAUAGAAGAAAAUACAAUAAUAAUAAUAAUAAUAAUAAUAAUAGAUUAAUAGUAAUACGUCAAACUUAAAACCCAUUUUCAUUAGAUUUAUGUAUGCUUAUAGUCCAGACUAUUCUAGAAAUUUAUGAGCUUGGUUGUGUCGUACAAUUUGUUAAUAUUUGUUAUAAAAGCUAUGUGUCUGUUAAAAUAUUUAUGAAAAUAGAUACAAAGAAACAGAUAUACAGUUUAAUUUUAAAAAUCAACUUGCUUUUUAGGCUAGUACUUUCUGCCUUAUUGUACGUACAACUAUUUUGUUAAUAUGGUUUAUACAAAUACUUUAUUCAAUUUUAAAUUUCAUAAUACUGUCGUUGACCAUGUAUUAAGAAUAACUCUUUCAUAUUUUGUAAACUAUGAUACAACUU